CCUUACAAAACACAAACCUUAACUUUCGUCCAAAACCUUAUCUAACAACUUCCACUGUCUCUCACAUGACAUUUGUUUUGACAUAAUUUCAAUGGCAGCCAUCAUCUCAUGCCACUACUAUGCUUCAGCAGCCACUACCCUUAGUCCAAGAUUGUUCAACUCAGACAAUGCACACUCUAGGCGUUUACCUUACCCUCUCUCUCUUACCAAUGCUUCACUUCGAGGUUUCAAUGUUCGUUGCUCUUACCAACCACCCCAACAUUCUGAAUUUCAGAAUAAAUAUAAUGGGAGGCCAUUUUCCUUUAAGCGGUGCGCGAUAUCUAUAGCACUAGCAGUUGGGUUAAUAACAGCAGUUCCUACAUUAGGGUGGCCUAACAAUGCUCAAGCUGCUUACCCCGUGUUGCCUGAUCUGUCUGUUUUGAUAUCUGGACCACCAAUUAAGGACCCUGGAGCAUUGUUGAGAUAUGCACUUCCUAUUGACAAUAAGGCAAUUAGAGAAGUACAAAAGCCACUUGAAGAUAUUACAGAUAGUCUCAAGGUCGCUGGAGUCAAGGCACUUGACUCUGUGGAAAGAAAUACAAGGCAGGCAUCCCGGGCUCUCAAGCAAGGGAAGUCUUUAAUUGUGUCAGGUUUAGCUGAGUCAAAGAAAGAACAUGGAGUUGAACUGCUUAGUAAGCUGGAAGCUGGUAUAGAUGAGCUGGAACUGAUAGUGCAGGAUAGAAAUAGAGAUGCAGUUGCACCAAAACAGAAAGAGCUUCUCCAAUAUGUUGGAGGUGUUGAAGAAGACAUGGUUGAUGGCUUCCCAUAUCAAGUGCCUGAGGAAUACCAAAAUAUGCCUUUAUUGAAGGGGAGAGCAGCAGUGGAUAUGAAGGUCAAGAUUAAAGACAAUCCAAAUGUGGAUAAUUGUGUUUUUCACAUAGUUCUUGAUGGUUAUAAUGCCCCUGUAACCGCUGGAAAUUUUGUUGACUUGGUACAAAGGCACUUCUAUGAUGGCAUGGAAAUCCAGAGAGCGGAUGGGUUUGUUGUCCAAACUGGUGAUCCUGAAGGUCCUGCUGAGGGUUUUAUUGAUCCAAGUACAGAGAAAACCAGGACAAUACCUUUAGAAAUUAUGGUGAAUGGAGAAAAGGCACCUUUGUAUGGAGCAACUUUAGAGGAGCUUGGUCUCUACAAGGCUCAAACAAAGCUUCCAUUUAAUGCAUUUGGUACUAUGGCAAUGGCAAGAGAUGAAUUUGAGAACAACUCUGCCUCUAGCCAGGUAUUUUGGCUAUUGAAAGAAAGUGAGCUAACUCCUAGUAAUGCCAAUAUAUUGGAUGGUAGAUAUGCAGUUUUUGGCUAUGUAACAGAAAAUGAGGAUUACUUGGCAGACCUCAAGGUUGGUGAUGUCAUAGAAUCUAUUCAAGUAGUUUCUGGCCUGGAUAAUUUGGUGAAUCCAAGCUACAAGAUUGCUGGCUAGUGAUGUUUCUGUGCUUUUGCUAUUAAAUACUGCAAGAGUGUUUAUUGGCACUUGCUUCAAGGCUAUUCAAGAAUGGUGGCUAUUGCAUUGCGAAGUUCACUUCCCCUAGUUUGUUUCCAUUAUUCUCACAAACCAGUAUUCAUUUUACCAGAACCUAGCAUUCAGUUAAACAGCUUGAGAUAUUGUGUUCUAUUUUAAGACUGAAUGAUCACCACGGCUUGUAACUUCCAUUCAACUAAUUCGUCAAUAAAAUUAUGAUUGUUCAGUGAGGAAAU